AUGAACUCAUUGUACCAAGUGGAUGAGCUUGUCAAGGAAUAUUUAUUGUUUCGCGGCUUUACAAACACAUACCGAGCCCUUGAGAAUGAGAGCCGAGGAGACAAGGAUAAGGGUUUUCAGGUGGACAAGAUCCUCGAAGAACUACUCGGCUACAUAUUCAACAGUGAUAUCCAUCGGCUGAUCGAUUACUAUCGCUAUCUCGAUCUACGCUUUUUCACUCGGCUAGAUAGUCGCUUUCAACGCACAGUCAACAAGUUUGAACUUUGUCUCUUACGGCAUUACCUCGUGUAUGCCAUCCAACACAAGCGACGAGACAAGGUCAUUGAAUUUUUUGAUGUAUUUGGUGCCGAUUUACAUGGCAAGCCAGAGUGGUCUCAUUGGUUUGCUUUACCCUAUGUGAAGAAUCCCGCUGCAGAUCCGACAUUUGAAACAUUCUUUACCAAACAAUGGACUGACAACUACAUGAUUUCACUCCACAAUUUUCUUGCCACUACAUUUCAGCAUAUGCCUUUACCGGCAUUGGUUACAUUGAACAUGGAUCGAGUACAACGCAAAGCUCAACAAACCGAGAUUGAGAAUAUGAAGGUCACCAUUGACAACCUAAAAGCAACCGCUGAAGCACGAGAGAAUGAAAUUGCCAAAUUGAAGCACGAGAUAGAGACCACUCGACGAGAAAUGACCGAUGGCAUCACCCUUAUACGCCAGCGAGCAGCAUCAAUGACAAAUGAUAUCAAAGCAGCAGCUAAUGGCACCCACAGAUCAAAACAAGACAACGCUUUAGCACCAGCCAAUGCGACCAUCCCCAUCGAUCAAAAUGGUACCAAUACAACGGAUACGGUCCCUGUGGAAGAUGAGCCAUUUGUGGUGGUGAGCCAAGAUGAAUAUUCGGAGCAUGCUUCAGCUAUCACACACGCCAAGUUUUCUGCUGGGGGCAAUUUGAUUGCAAGCUGCGAUAUGGAUAACAUUGUCAGGAUAUGGAGUUACAAGGGCCAAUCUACUUUCAACCCAUUAAAGGUCAACAACAAUACAUCCUGUGUCUUAUCCAUGGAAUGGGAAGCAAGGGCGGAUCGAUUUUUAUUCUUGGGCACUGAUAUGGGCACAAUCCGCGUCUUCAAUGUUGAAAGCAAGUCUAUUGUACAAGAGUUUUCUGUGGAAAGGAAAUAUCCUUGGGUCACUCAACUUUCAUGCAGCCCUGUGGAGCCCAUGUUUGUUGGCUAUGCAUCAGGAAAUAAGAUGGCAUCAGAUGGCAGCACCCAACCGGGAACAUUGGUAGCUUGGAGUAUGAAAAGUAUGGAUUCUAUUGGAUCGUUUUGUUUUGAGCCUGAGAAUGAAAAUGAAUAUGGCAACAUCAAUACGAUCGAGCUCAAUCAUAAUGGUCAAAUGCUGGUUGCUGCUGAUGAUCAAGGUCUUAUGCGUAUCUUUGAUGUACGGACGAUGAAAUCGAUUAUGGAAUGGAAGGAUCCUUCACGACGAUCAUCAUGCAUUGCCCAAUUCAGCUUUGAUGAAAACUCGAUAUACAGCAUUGAUCGAUCGGGACAAUUGACACAAUGGUCGAUUCACAAACCAGGUACCAGUUUAUCAACACACCAAUUGGAAGGUUUUCCACCCCCGGCAGCCUAUCCUCGCAAAUCAGUAUCGGCUAGUGUCAGUAAUGCAACAGCAGCAUUACCACCACGACCCACCUCCAAUCCAUCCACGUCAUCCCUUUCACGUUUAUCCAUAUCCUCAAACCGCUCCAACCGCCUUCCUUUGAUUACCACGGAUGAUACAAUUACACAAUCACUUCUUUCGGUUACGCCAAGAGCACAAAUGGUAGCAUUCAGCGCUGAUACCGAUUUCUGCCUUUGUGCCACAGCAUCCAGACCCAUCUCUUCAACAUCACCACCACCCGGCAACUCUGAAGAUAGCUCUUCUUCUCCUUCCUCCUCUGCAACAACACAGGGAACCAUUUAUCGGGUAUCGGAUGGUCAGCCUUCUUUACGAUUCGGCUAUCAACCAAUGCAUCAAAAACUCACCACUGUCGAUUGGACAAAUGCAUCAAAUGCUUGCUUGCUUGGUAGUAUAGAUGGUAGCGUUAAAGUCACUAGUUUAAUUAAGGUGUAA